AUGUUGAGUAAGUUGUUUCCCCACAUCAAGGAAAAGCCGUUGGAGGAAGAGGUUCAGUCGCGAGAUGCCUUCAUCUACUUGGAUCGCUGCAUGUUGUCGGUGGGAUGGACAGAACCGAAAGACAAAAGACUGAGGCUGCUCUACCACCUGUGGACAUUUUUAUUGGUCAUAAUGAUUUUCAUUUACCUGCCCAUCUCGAUGAGCGUUGAGUUAGUGAGGCGAUUCAAGAGCUUCUCCGCGGGCGAGUUUCUCAGCUCACUGGAGCUCCUAGUAGACAUAUACGGAUGUUCCAUCAAGUCCGUUUGCAACAUGAUUGGAUACAAGAAGAGGCAGGAGGCGAAGCGAUUGCUGGACCGACUGGACGAGAGUUGUGUUCAGGCCGAGGAGAAGGCCAUUGUGCGACGCUAUGUGGCAUGGGGAAACCUUUGCUACAUCAUGUGCCACAUUUUGUACUGGAGCUUCGUGACCCUGAACUUUAUAUACUUUGUGCUUAAUAGACGUCAUGCCUGGAGUAUGUACUUUCCCCUGGUGGAUUCCGAUCAGAUGUUUCUAGCCACGAGCAUUGCGGAACUAGUAAUGAUAACGCUGUGCGUGACCAUGAACCAGUGCUCGGAUGUGUGUCCUUUGGCCUACAUGCUGAUGGCUAGAUGUCACAUAAUCCUUCUCAAGAAACGGCUGAGAAGUCUCCGAUCGACGCCCGGAAAGGAAGAAGAUGAGUACCUGGAGGAACUAACCAGCUGCAUCAAGCAACAUCUUUUGAUAAUGAAGUAUUUCAGGGCUAUGGGUACCGUAUUUUCGCGCACCAUUUUCGUGCAGUUUCUAAUUAUCGGGAUCAUCUUGGGUCUGGCGAUGAUCCACAUAAUGUUCUUCUCAACACUUUGGACCGGAAUCGUACUUUCUCUUUUUAUGUUCGAUGUGUGCAUGCAGACGUCCCCUUUUUGCUAUCUGUGCAACAUGGUUUUCGACGACUGCCAGGAACUCUCCGACUGUCUGUUUCAAUCGGACUGGAUCACAGCAGACCGCCGAUAUAAGACCACUUUGGUGUACUUUCUUCACAAUCUGCAACAACCUGCUAUUCUUUUGGCUGGUGGAGUGUUCCCCAUUGGCAUGAAAACAAAUUUAUCAAUGGUCAAGUUGGCCUUCUCUGUGGUGACCAUCGUUAAGCAAUUCGACCUGGCCGCGCAGUUUUCAUAAGAGGGAAGGCUCAAAAAAUAUUUAAUUGUAAUGUAAAUGAA